CUUGCCGCUGCUGUCAGACUACGCGGUCUGACUUGGAGUUUCAGAGGGUUCAUGAGUUCUUAUCUCGUCUCCGCUCCGAGUUUGAGCCCCGACGGGCUCACUUACUUGCUCGUGGUCAUGUUCCUAUCUCGGAGGCACUUGCUGAGCUUCGUGCUGAGGAGACCCGUCUUCGCUCUGCUGGGUUACUUGUGGUUCCUUCAGUGUUGGCCACCCGAGCUCCUGUGUCAUCUGCUCGCCUCACUGCCCCACCACUCUUGCCCACUCCUUCAGGGGGGGGUGAGCCGUCCUCUUUAUGCUGAGAAGAGUACGUCGCACCGUGACACUUUCUGUGGUUACUGCUCCCGGUCAGGUCACCCUGAGUCUGAUUCUCGCCAGAAGAAGCGAGACCAGAGACGCUCUCCUUCCAGUGGCCCUCCUGCGUCUUCCUCGACUCAGUCACUCAUUGACCAGGACAUUGUACGCCUCAAGCGUCUACUUGCCUCCUCUGGCUCCUCGUCGACUGGUUCAGCCGCUGCUAUGACUGCAUCCCCUUCUACAUCACCGCAGGCCUCUACACAGUCAGGAUCGUCGCACCAAGGCUUUGGUUGGUGCUGGCCCCCGGCGCCGUGAGUCAGAGGGCCUUUGGGAGGUUGACUGGCUUUGUGUUCCUUCCGCUGCCACCACUUCUGCCAACUCCCAUGCUCUUGCUGCCUCUUCGUCCGCGUCAUUCCAGCAGUGGCAUCAUUGUCUUGGUCACAUCUGUGGCUCUCGCUUGUCUUCGUUAGUUCGUCAGGGCCUCUUAGGGUCUGUAUCUGGAGAUGUCUCCUUACAUUGUAAUGGUUGCAGACUUGUCAAGCAGACUCAAUUACCUUAUCCUACUAGUGAGUCUGUAUCUCAGCGUCCUUUUGACUUAGUUCAUUCUGAUGUCUGGGGUCCUGCUCCCUUUGAUUCGAAAGGUGGUCAUCGCUACUAUGUUUUGUUUAUUGAUGAUUUCUCUCGCUACACUUGGCUCUACUUCAUGAAAUCUCGUAGCGAGGUUCUCUCUAUAUACAAACGAUUUGCUGCCAUGGUUCGUACCCAGUUUUCCACGCCCAUUCGUACUUUUCGUGCUGACUCUGCUGGAGAGUAUAUCUCUCAGCUGUUGCGUGGUUUUCUCGCGGAACAGGGUACUCUUGCCCAGUUCUCAUGUCCUGGUGCUCAUGCUCAAAAUGGCGUUGCAGAACGUAAGCAUCGUCAUUUGCUUGAGACGGCUCGUGCGCUGAUGAUUGUUGCUUCCCUUCCACCCCAUUUUUGGGCUGAGGCUAUUUCUGCAUCCACCUAUCUCAUCAACAUUCAGCCAUCGACUGCUUUGCAGGGUGGUAUUCCUCUGGAGUGUCUCACUGGUCGCUCUUCUGACUACUCCGCUCUCCGUAUGUUUGGAUGUGUGUGCUAUGUUCUUCUUGCCCCCCGAGAACGCACCAAACUGACUGCUCAAUCGGUUGAGUGUGUUUUCCUUGGUUACAGUGAUGAGCACAAGGGCUAUCGAUGUUGGGAUCAUGUGGGUCGUCGCUUGCGCAUCUCGCGUGAUGUGACUUUUGACGAGUCUCGUUCCUACUACCCACGUCCUUCUUCCUCGUGUUUCUCUGUGGACGAUCUCUCUUUCCUUCUCCUUCCCGAUACACCCUGCUAUGUGCCUCCUGUGUCAUCUCUUUCUCCGGCACGUCUCAUUUCUUCUCCUUCACCACCGAUCCCAUCUUCUCCAUCCUCCUCCUCCACCUCUCCACCAUCAUCUCCAGUCCGUCGCCCUCUCUCA